ACUCUUGCACGGUUGCACCACAUCAAACUCUCCCUAAUCAUACACUUAUCUCAAUCAACCCCACAAAUUUCAAUGUCAAUUGAAACCCCACAACAAUCAAAUUCAACUUCAAUGGAAGAAACCCAUUUACCAAAUGACCCAAAAAAUCCAUCAAUUUCCUCUUACCCAACUCCAUUAUCCCCACCAUUACCUCUAAUUUCUAAGGAAAUUGAGCUUAGCAGAGCAAUGGCUGCUUCUUCAAAGGCCACCAAUUUCUCUCUCUCCAGAGAUGACGUCAUCUUCGAGGAUCAAUGGUUGCUUGUUGUUAAUAAACCCUCUGGGAUUUACUGUGAGACUGUCCUGUCUUCUGUCCCUCGUCUUCUUCAACAAUCUUCUGAUUCAGUUGAAGCUUCAGAGUUACAUCUUGCUAACAGGUUGGAUCGUGAUACAAGUGGUGUAAUGGUUAUAACCAAGUUACACAAAGUAGCUGCCAAGCUUGUCAAGGCAUUUACUGAUCACAAGGUUCAGAAAACUUAUAUGGCUCUUUGUGUUGGGUCUGCACCAAAUUGGGAUAGAAUCAGGUUAAAAUCUGGCCAUGGUAGAUCUAAAUUUGGUGCUUGGCGUGUAUAUGCUGCGUCAGAUGUUGGUCGGAAACUACCUGGUGGAUCUGUGGUGAAGGACAUGGAGACACUUUUUGAGUUAUUAUCAGUAAAUAGGGUAGUCCAUUUUAAAGAGUCAUUCCAAUGUGCAGAAAAUCUAGAAAAAGUUGUGGUUGUUGAGGAGAAAUCAUCAACAGAUGCUAACCACGGAAGGGAUGAGAUAUUGGUCCGUGCUUUUCCAAAGAGUGGAAGGACACAUCAGAUCAGGUUGCACUGUCAGUACCUUGGACUGUCAAUAAUAGGAGAUGUAAAAUAUGAAGGUGUCUGUAAGUGGAAAGGGGAAAUUUGUGAUGUCCAUAAUCUUCAUGCAGAGAGUUUGUCAUUAGAACACCCUAUUACUGGUCUUCCAGUAAAAUUUCAGGCACCAUUGCCUUUGUGGGCAACCCAAGCAUGCAAUCAUGAAGAUCACACGUAAGGAUGAACCAAGUCACAUGCCAAUUUGUAUGCCAAGAGAUAGUUUCAUUGAUCAGUAGCAUGGUUGGUAAUGCAAAUGACAGUCUGCUGUCGACGUGAGAUGUUUAGAUUGGGAAUGUGCAUUUUAGAAUGGGAAUCACAUUUCUAAUAAUUUCCCUUAUUUAUUAUGGACUGAAAAAGCCUUUGUAUCAAUGUAUGCAACUUGAGCUAUUGAGAUUCUCUUGAUUUGGUGAGCUACCCUUGUUUCCGUGUUCCAAUUGAGUGCAUUGACUCAAUGGGCUGGGGCAUCGUUCAUUCGUUCUGAAUUCUGAUUGCUCUUAAAAAUGUCUCAAAGUAUGUUUGGGCCUCUUAAUGAAGCAACUUUGUGGGAGUACUGGAUGCAGAGAAUUUCUUACACAGAAUACCAGUCUGAGAAUAGUGCAAACAAAUUGGCAAUUGUAGCUCAUAGCAAACAUCUUGCAACUAGUCAAAAGUGGACAUUAGGACUGUUGCCUCUUACUUUCAGCCCAUUUAUUGCAACAAUUGAUACAUCCAUAUUUCCUGUCUUUUCCUGGGCUGUUCUCAUGUGUGGUUUUUGCUGGUAGAACUGUAGAAGCUUCUCCAUUUGAAGAUUUAAGGCUUUCCUUUGCAAAAUGCCAACCUUUAGACCUUGGUUCUUUUUCUUGCAGAGAUGAGUAGAAGAGGAUGGUAAAAGCCAGGGUGUUGGAAGGGGAACUAUUAAUGUUAGCUUCAGUCUGGCACUCUGGCUGGUGUGUAAGCGAAAUACAAUGUUUUUUUUGGGGGCAUUCCCUGCUCCAAUACUAAUUGGAACUGCUAUUGAUGCUUGUGGUCCAAGUUUCUUCCAUAGGUGAUAAUGCUGGGGGAAGGUGGGUUGGUGGGCACGGGCACUAGCUAGAAGUCAUGACUUAUGAGUAUGCUCUUGAUGCUGCUGGCAACACAAUUGCUGUCAUCGGAAAGGUAAGGCACACCAAAUUAUAGUUAUAGUGAUGCCCCAUACAAAUUUGGAAAUUCUUUUUCAUAAAUCACAAUUAUAUAGUAAAUCUAGAAAACAUACAUCUGAUACCAGGCUUGUUCUAUGGAUCAUGCCUAAAUGGCUAAAUGCUGGGACCACAAGGGUCAAAUUCACCCAAGGCGGUUGUUGUUGGCAACAGUGCAACACUAACUACAAGUGACUUCCCUCUUAAGGACCUCUCCGGCCCUGCAAUGUCCUCAGAUUCAUGUCAGUGGAAUCUAUGGUGUUUGCUCUAUUCUUUGCAGUCCGCAUAUAAUAUUGCUGAUUUGCUAUCCUGCAGAAUACGUAAUUAUCCUGCAACAGGGUGCAACCAAAGGUUUAUGAAAGUCAGCUAUUUGGCAACAUUGUCAGCACGUAAACCGAGAAGCUAAUCAAGUUGCCAAUUUCAUUGCAGUUGUGCACCAUUGGCCAUCAUAUUGAUCAAUAAGGAAGUUGAAGCUAAUCUAGGCUAACGUAGGGCCAUGACCAUCUCGUUCAACCAUCAAAUUAGCUAGGGCCGUCAUUCCAUUGUUCAUCCUCGGCGUUGCACGAUUUGUCCUCUAACAGAAACUAGCUACCAAGUCAGAGUAGGUAACAUGCACUAAUAGAAAACACAUAAAAUGCAAAUGUAGAUCAUUCUCAUCUUCAAUUGGUUUUUUAAGCUUAUCCCAUGUGAUUUCUUACAUUUUGUGAACCCAAUAUUGGUAAACUACUCUAGGAAAACUAAUCUUAUUUUUAAAAGAGUAGUUGCAUCCAAAGUGCAGAUAUAUAAUAAUAGUUUUAUGGAUACUUUAGAUAGAAGUUUUGAAUUUAAAAAAUUAUGUAAAUUUUAAGAAAAAAGAGAAAGUAAUAAGCAAUAAUUAUUGUCAAUAAGAUCAUUGUCACUUUUUAAUGAAAA